GGGCAGAGUUCCUGCAAGUCAGUUGUAAUAUUAUUAGAGCAAGACACUGUAACUGAAGUACUGAUACUCCGUUAGUAAUCAACGUACGAGACAUGGCCUCAAAAUCAGCUGUCUUUGUUUUGCUUAUGGUAGUUGUUGCAGUAGCAGCCCCAAUAGCAGUAGCACAAACUGGGAUCUUGGAUAAUCCGCUGUCUGUGAUCCGCAUACAGGGGACUGUGUUUUGCUCUAUCAAUGCCACUCUCAAUGGUACUGCCAGCCCGGUCUUCCCAAAUGCUCUGGUACAACUGCGGUGCCGAUCUGGAAAUGUGGUUUCGAUUUCAACGACGAAUCGGUUGGGAGUGUUCGGCAUCCUGGUCCUUCCCAUACAAAUAUCGCUCCCUUCACUCUUGUCUGAUUGCAAUCUAAUUGUCACCACACCACUCGUCAGGUGCAAUGCUACUCUUCCCAGUGUGGGGGUCUUGAGAUCGCCCUUACAGUCCGUAGGAAACACUACUGUUGGCCUCCUUCGUGUUUUCAACGUUGCUCCAACUGGAUUCGUAUAUGUUCUCUCACCUUGAUCAGCAAAUAAAUACAAGGAUAAUUAAUUAAGCUGAUCAUGACCACUGCAUGCAGCUUGUUAAUUACGUAUGCGAAUAAGGCCAUUGGUACCAAUCACAGGAAGAUUAUAGUAUUAAAUAUUACUUUUCUAAAUCAAGUCGUCCUAUCCUAAGAAUUGUCUCCUUUCUUAUUGCGAAGGUUGUCAUGACCAAAACUGUAAACUUCUUUACGAAGCAGUUCUGCUGUCAUUAAGGAAUAAAUUAAGCCUUCUAUCAAAA